ACCAUGUUUACUGGUCUGGUAUUGAUACUCUUGUCCGUGCGGUUUAUGUUCACAAACGCAGUCUCCUGUCUUGACGACGAUGGGAAUCCUGUGGAAUGGUUCAUUGGUUACAAAUUCCCGGACGGCUUUGAAUAUGCAUUUCUGCUCCCUACUGUUAAAUCUUGGCGCAAAUCACAGUAUACAAUUGACAAAGGUGGGAUGAUGAAGAACACGUAUGACGCAAUGUAUGCUCUCAGUGGGAAGGCGAAUUCCUUUUAUGGCAUGUACAACGAUGAAUGGCCCGUUUUACGGUCAGACCACUACUGGUGGGGGCAUAUGAAAGGUGCCUUCGCUUUUGACCUGUCUCAUGACGGCUUAUGGAUUAUCCACAGUAUUCCGAAACUGUCGGAAGUCAACGGUAGCUACCAGUACCCACACACGGGGCGAGUAUAUGGGCAGCAUUUGUUCUGUGUUUCGCUGCCGGCUUCCUCCAUCCCAUCUUUAGUCAAUCAGUUGGCCGUUUCCCGACCACUCAUCCAAGACUCCUACAUUGACCCGAAACUCGUCGCAGAUUACGAGUCUCUUGUGUCCCUGUUCAACCACAAACGUGUCACCGAGACGGUCCAAGCGGUUGCCGAUUUUGAUUCGGUUCAAGGUGGUUUGACAAUGAAGCAUUUUUCCAAGGCAUCAGACUACGGAAAAGAUUUGUACGCCAGUUUGGUUGCUCCAGCUUUGGGUCUCGGGCUAAGUGUCGAAACCUGGCAACACGGAGACAAGGAGCCGUCUGUGUGUAACCUCACAACUCCCAUGGUUUUCAACGUGCAACACUUGAUAUUUCGAGAACUGAACCUGAAUUUCUCCACCUAUUACGACCAUUCAAAGUGGGCCGUAACGUUGCAACCCACUCGAUUGACAAAAUCCACUGAAAUGUGGCUUUGUCUGGGUGACAUCAAUCGGCAAUAUUCCCAAAUGCGUCGUGGAGGUGGUACCAUGUGCAUUCAAAACACAGGUCUUUGGGAGGCAUUCGACUCUCUGAUCACUCGGGUGGAGCCUUGUGCGGUUGUUUGUACAACACCGUCCAACCACGCUUAGCGACCGCUGGAACCAAGUUUCUCCGUCUUUUUUAAUCUCCUGUGUUCUGUCCAUUUCAAUCGAUGUACUUUUUUAUCUAUUGUCUACCAGAUCUCUGUUCAGCCGACUCGUUGUUUUCACAUGACCGAAGCAAAAUGAGACCUCGAUUGGAUCACGUAACCCGUCACAAGAAACGAUAUUUGGGUUGCCCCACCUUGUGUGUUACUUCAGGGCGAUGUGUCACUCAAUUGGAGUUUUUUUACCCCAAGCGAAUCCAAAAUGUUUUCCAGUCUCAAUGAGUUCCGUUUGAAUUGUCGAUAUUCCAUGAAAAACUUUUACGUUUUGCGAAAUAUCCCAUGUUCUUCUGAUGUGCUUGAUGUUUUCCUCCUGAUCCUCUUGUACGAACAAACUUCUCAGGUAUACUCGCAUCAGUCUUUGUUUCCAACCACGCCUGACAACCUUCAGCAACGAUUUGUAAUCAUUUAAUUAGUUCAGCGACUCUCAACUGUGGUCACUUGAGCGAAGACGCACAAAUUCGUGAACAGACUCUCACCUCACAAUUAUGAGGUAAGCUGAAAAACAGCAAUUUGUGGAAAAUUUCUGAAACUCGACAGAACUUAUUUUUCUGUACGUGAUAAAUGUACAAACAUGUGAA